AUGCACAUUAUUUUCAGCACAGUCGCCAUGCGUCGACUUCUUUCUCUCCAAGUGUGGCUUUGCCUCGGGGCCAUCGGCGCCUCCCAAUUCGUUGUGCCUCCCGCCGAUCUCAUAACAGUGACGGGGCAUGCAGACGUACCGAUCCGGUACAAGCAGGUGCCGACUGGUAUUUGCGAGUUGAACCCCAACGUCAAAAGCUUUUCUGGAUAUGCAGACGUGGACAAAGACCAACAUAUCUUUUUCUGGUUCUUUGAGGCACGCGAGAUUGACCCGCGCGAUGCGCCUCUCACUGUUUGGGUUGACGGCGGACCAGGUUCGUCUUCUAUGAUCGGCCUGUUUGAACAACUCGGUCCGUGUCGUGUCGACUAUUUCGGCAAGCUCUAUGAAAAUCCUUACUCUUGGUCCAGACGAAGCAACAUGCUGUUCAUUGAUCAACCGACCCAGGUUGGCUUCUCAUACUCGACUGCUGUACCAGGUACAAUGGAUGCCGACUCUGGAGAAAUUUCUGUGCUUCAGGACAGCAUUUGUCCUUUGAGGCCAAACGGAACGUGCGGUACCUGGUCGCUUCCAUCCGUCAAAUUGACGGCCAAUUCGACUGUGAACGCUGCACCGAAUGUGUGGAAGACACUGCAGGGUUUUAUGGGCGCCUUUCCGCAAUAUUCGCGAGACGGCCUUCACUUGGCAACCGAUUCUUACGGCGGUCACUAUGGGCCAGUCUUCAGCGAUUACUUUAUAAAGCAAAACAAAGAAAACAUUGCAGACGCUGUAAAUAUUAGCCUAUACAGUGUUCUCAUUGGGAAUGGCUGGGUGGACCCUGUCAUACAGUUCCAAGCCUAUUACAACUUCACCGUCUCGCCAGGCAACACCUAUGAUCUUUCAUUCUAUAACACAUCCAUUCAGCAGAAGCUUUAUGACAACCUAUACGGGAAAGGGAACUGCGUCGAUAGACUUCAAACGUGCGAAAAAUAUGGCGAUGAUAAUCAGUGUGCCACAGCGGAUAGUUUUUGCAUCUCAAAUGUCCAGUCAUUCCUGGAUAACUACGCGAAUCGAGAUGAGCAUGAUGUUAGAAUGCUGAUGCCAGAUCCGUUUCCAUACCCGUUCUACAUCGAAUACCUCAACAGAGCCGAUGUGCAGGCCGCCAUUGGCGCUUUCACAAACUUCACCAUAUCAAGCGCCGUGGUCAGUGAUGCUUUCUCUUUGACGGGCGACGAUGGACGGGAGGUGGGCGCUAUUCAGGCGCUCCGCGACUUGCUCCACCACGACAUCUCGGUCGCGCUGUAUGCGGGCGACGCCGAUUAUGAUUGCAACUGGCUCGGGGUGCAGAAGAUUGCAGACAUCAUUAAUGUACCAGGGUGGCAGGAGGCAGGCUUUGCUGACCUCGUCACCAGCGAUGGCCAAUUUCAUGCUCAAGUCAAGCAGGUCCGCAAAUUUAGCUUCACACGCUUCUUCGAGGCCGGUCACGAAGUACCCUUCUACCAGCCGCUAGCCUCAUUGGAGCUUUUCGAGCGAGUCAUAGGUGCCAGGGACAUUGCCACGGGCAGGAUUGACACGAGCAAGGAUCGCUAUUAUCGCACCCAAGGGCCGUUGCAAAGCACAUACCGAGAGGGAAACUCGACCGUGCAACGCGACGUGACGCCGUCAAACUUGACAUACAAUGUCUUUACUAAUAUUCCAGGUGCGCCGUGGGGCCAACGAGCCGACCAGACGGAAAAAUUGCGCAAAAGAAUGCCCAGAUAUACUAAGAGCUACUAUAAGCCCAAGUAUAUGGCAGAUCGCACUUGA